AUGGCUACGCAAUCUCCACAAGGUUCACCCUAUGGAUCUCCUCAUGGACAAGCACCAGGAGUUCCAUCACAAGGCUUUCAAGCUGCAUUUCCUCAAGGGACUGGCCUAUCCGAGAUGGCUGAGUUGGCCAGAGCAGCUAUCAAUGCAGCAAACAAUGCUGCUGAAGCCGCAAGAGCAGCUACACAGGCUUCAAGCUCUACAAGUGAGAAGAAAAGGGACCUCUACCACCUGAUUCCAGACCAGCAACUUUCUCGCCAUCAGACCCUGCACAAGAGGAACAUAGACAAGAGCAACGGUCUAGAGGCCCUGAGACAGCUGGUGAUGAAUUGCCAACCUAAGGUGGUCAGACUGGAGGAGCACUUUACCCAGUUUGAGAAGCUGGGUGGUAAGCUCACAGACGAGAUGUGGGCGGCUGUGCCCUUGAAGUGCAUCUCGGGACCUUUGAAAGUUCACUUGAACUUGUCGCUGAAUGAAUCCUCCAGCUAUGCCAAGAUCAGAGAGGUCAUUCGAGCCUAUGACACCGCCACUGCACGUUUGUUCAGAUGCAACCAUCACUUCAUUCCCUUUGCAGCCUCUCCAAGACUCUACUGGUACUAUGCCUAUGAAGGAGAUCAGAAAGGAUCCAAUGAGAAAGGCAAGGGCAAAUCCAAGACCAAGGAGGUUGGAGUUUGCUACAAUUGUGGCCGUCCUGGACGCAUGGCAAAGGACUGCUGGAGGAUCAGGCAGGUUGGAAGUCCAGACCCAUCUGCCACAGUUGUGAGCCAAGCCACAGCCCAAGAGAGUUUGGGACCUUCUGCAAGUCAGGUCAACGCUGGUUUGUCUGUGAAGAGGAUUACCUCGAGUUCAGAUGGAGGCCAAGCUGCGUCUCACGAGACUUUUGACUUGAGAUCGACAGGAGCUUCAAGCUGGGAGCAUGUGAAAAAUGAGGAUCAGCAUGUGAGAAUGGUGAAAUUCUUUUACAUCGAUGAGGUGGGCAAGGGUGAGGUGACCAUCAUCAUCGACAGUGGAGCUGAUGCGCAGGUGUUUCCAAUUUCGAUGAUUCACUGUGGCAAGAGCCAUGAUGGCCAAGCUGUUGCCCUUCAAGAUGCCCAGGGUCGUCAAAUCCCUGUUGCUGGCCAGAGGUCGAUUGCAGUUGUGUUGGAGGACGUGAAUGGAGCUGAGAUUGAAUUCCUCGACAAUGUGAUCUUUUCAAGUGAGAUCACGCAGCCGAUCUUGAGCUAUGGGCGCCUGAUGCAUGCAGGCUGGAGCAUCUGCGCUGAGUCCAAAUGCCUCAGGAAUGGUGCCUUCGAGAUCCCGGUGGAGCUGCAAAACCACAGUUUGGUGGUGAAAGGCCAUGUCAGAGCCAUCAACUCUGUGGCCAUGCCAUGCUCAUUUCGAGCAGUCAAAGCAGAUUUGACUGAAGGUUUGCAGAACUAUGUGGACAACGCUUUUGGAUGGAGCAAGGAAGGCAGUCGAUGGACGACGCUCAUCAAGAAGAACCAGGAGUGGCUCAUGGUGGAGUUCUGCGAGCGCGUCACUGAGAUGUUGGAUCCAGAGCUGCCUAUUGAUGACGUUGAGAACAUGUGCUUUUCAGCUGAAGAUGGAAGAGCGUUGGAGGAGCUGGAAGCUCUUGAGAUGGAGAUUCAGCCUUACCUGGACAUCCCCAUGGAUGAGGAGUUGGAAAGGCGUGGGGCUGAAGUGGCUCUACAUCCUGAAGCUCAAGCUGAUGCAGGGGAAGUUCACGGUGAUGAUGGACCAGGAGCUCAUCAACCUUGUGACGGUGGAAGAGUUCAGGAUCCACCACUGGAAGUUGAACCUUUGCAGGAAGUCCAGAUUGUGGUCGGUGAAGUGGUCCCUGCACAGAUUGAGGUGGAUGGGCAAGUUCUGACAACGCUGGUGAAAGCCCCAAGUGACCAGGAGAAGGAGCUGCACGCUCUCACUCAUACGCCCUAUGCUGCGUGGUGCCCUGCAUGCCUCAAACACAGAGCACGCCCUGACCAACACCGCAGAUCUGGAACUUCACAUGAUACUCCUGUUCCAGUGGUGUCAAUGGACUUUGCGGUGACCAAGAAGAAGGAUGGAUUGGAUCCAAACCCUGAAGGAGCCGCUGAUGACAAAGGAGCUCUAUGGCUAGUUCUCACUGACCGCCACGCAGGGUACUUGGGAUGCAUUCCAAUCCAGUCCAAGGGUCAGCUGCACUACAUGACCCAUGAAGUGUUGAGCUUCGUCCAGGGCCUUGGAUACUCAGAAGUUGGCUUCUAUGGCGACAAUGAGCCAUCGAUCAGGCAGAUCUUGAAGACUAUCAUCACCUCCAGACAUGCCCUUGGAUUGAAGACCAGGAUCUACACCACAAAGGUGAAAGACUCAGCUGGCAAUGCUUUGGCUGAGAACGACAUCCAGAGGAUACGUCAACUGGCAUGCACACUGGUCGAGGAUGUCUGUGAGAGAACUGGCCUGGUGUUCCCCUGUGAGCAUGCCAUCUGGAGUUGGGCUGGACGUCGUGCAGCUUGGUGUUUGAAUCGAUAUCAGGUUGGCAAGUCCUUAACGGCGGCCUACGAGGUGACCCACGGCAAGAAGUACGCUGGUAAAACAGCAUGCUUUGCAGAACCAGUCUAUGCAUACUGCAAAGGACGUGGGAAGGCCGAUGCGACAUGGAGAGUUGGGCUGAUGCUUGGGAAAACGGAGGCCCAGGAUGCUUGGGUGAUUGGAGAUGGAGUGGACGUUAUGCUCAGCAGAAGCAUCAGAAGAGUGGAUCAUCCAUGGAGCCGCUUCUUGGCAUACUACUCAGGGCUCCAGACUCACAGCUUUGUCUACCAGACCAACUUUGGUGGAAGAAUCGCGCCGACCAAACACAAGGUCAUUCCUCAGCGCCAAGAUGGAAGACUCCUUCCAAAGAUGAGUGAAGUGGAGGAGAUACGCUGA